CAGAUCAGUUUUUAAAACGCUGGCGGCGAGUAAGGUUGUUUGACAAUUUCGGCAGAACCGUGGACCGUGGAACGAAAUUUUUACAAUAAAAUACUAAGUUUUUUUAAAAAUUAGUUUAAACACAAUCAAAUACUCGUAACGGAUGGUGGAAAACACUCAGUUAAAACCAAAGUUCAAAGUAGCUGCAUAAAACAGUUCAAAAUUUAUCAGUGAUAACCCAAAGAAAAAAAAAGCCAAAGUUUUUAAAAACGUGAUAAGAAAGUGACAAAAAACGGAAUAACUCUCAAAAAAGUGAUCAAACACGGAAAAAAGGAUUACCAAAAUUUGAGCAAUGCCAACGGAGAUCAUCAGCUGAAUCGACAACCUAACGGAAAAUUUAACAACGUGUUCAACUGUAAAAAAAAUCUAGAUGAUGCAGAACUACGAGUCUAUCCUAGCAGGAGGAACUCUGCAGCAGCAGUCACAAUCGCAACAACAGACACAACAGCAGCAGUCCAGUAUGGCCAAUUGGUACGAUAUGACCAUCAAGAGCGAGCCCCUGGAUGCAUCCGGAAGCUACGGACAACAGUAUUCCCAUCAUCUGGCGCAUAUGAGCUCCCAACAGGACACCCCGAUGUCCCAUUCGAGUCCCACCAGCCCGCAGAGCGUCGAUAGCAUGGACUCCAUGAACGGUCGUAGUCAGUACUAUGAUCCCAAGGCCAGCAACGGAAUGCUUCACGGGUACAAUCCUCUGGGAUUCAACCCUUUGACGCCACCCGGAUAUUCAGGAAUGUUUGUUCCUCAACAGCAGCAACAGCUAGCUCGACAGACAACCCCAAACCGUAACUAUAACAAACCGGAAUCUUCGUACGUGUCUUCGACCCUAACUCCAACUCACACCCCUCCGAUGGACGUGACACCACCGAAAUCCCCCAAAGACAUCGCCGAAACCCCCGAGAAGGACGACGACAAUCUAUCGGACUGCGAAGAAUCUUAUGACGGAAGCGAAGACGAAGAAGGCAUCCGCAAACCUAAGAUCAACAGCCACGGAAAGGUCAAGAAGUUCAAGUGCAAACAGUGCGAGUUCAUUGCCGUGACCAAGCUCAGCUUCUGGGAACACACCCGAAGCCACAUCAAGCCGGAGAAGAUGCUCAGCUGCCCCAAGUGCCCCUUCGUGACCGAGUACAAGCACCACCUCGAAUACCACCUCAGAAACCAUCAGCGAUCCAAACCAUUCCAGUGUCCCAAGUGUAGCUACAGCUGCGUCAACAAGUCGAUGCUCAAUUCACACAUGAAGUCACACUCGAACGUGUUCCAGUACCGAUGCGCCGAUUGCAACUACGCUACCAAAUACUGCCACUCCCUGAAACUCCAUCUACGAAAGUACGCCCACAAACCGGACGUAGUCCUGAACCUCGACGGCACCCCCAACCCACUUCCGAUCAUCGACGUCUACGGAACUCGUCGAGGACCUCGCACAAAACAUCCGAAACCCACCGACCUGAAACAGGAACCCACCCAAUCCUCCCAUCAAACCCCGCUUACUCCUCAAAAUCAUCAACAAAACACCCUCCAAAACCCCUUCACUCCACCAUCCGCUCAAUCCAGCAACAUCUCCCGAAACCUUCUUCCUCACCAACUUCUCCCGAACCCUCUAGCUCACAUGUUCAAAAACGCUGCCUCCAACAACCUCCCACUAUUCCCUUACCUGAACCUCAACUUCCAAAUGUUCGCAGAUCAACAAGCCGCCAUCGCUCAACUCUCGCCCAACUUCCACCAACAAUUCUCCAACCAAUUCCACGACAAGCUCAACACCGAAGACCACGAAUCACCCUCGAAAGACACCUCCAACAGCUCCACCGUCCCUUCAGCCAUCAACUCAUCGGCCUCCUCAAACCUUGGCGAAGAACUCCUGAAACACAUCACCGCAGCAGCCGCCGACAGCUCCGACCUUAAAUCGGACUCCGCACCGGAAAACGACCACCCGGAACCCAUCCCGAACCACCAAUCGCAACAACUUCCAACGACCCCUUCUACCUCGAACACUUCAACGAACCCAGCUACAACCACCACCAGCACUGGAAGCACCGGUAAAAACCGACGAAAAGGUCGUGCCUUCAAGUUGGAACGAUUGAACGAAUUCACUCAACGGCACCACAACCAGGAACAGCGACCAGCCUCCCCAAUGGAGAACUCCGACGAUGAGGAACACUCGGAAAGCGGAGACCAGCAGCUGCAGCAAUCCAACGUUCAAAGUAGCAAACCAUCUACGAGCUUCAACGGCAGCCCUGUCGAAUCGAAGAGCUCAGUCGUUGAGGCCGGUGUUCAAACGAAUGCUCCGGCGCGAAGCUUCGAGUGCAAGUACUGCGAUAUUACGUUCAAGGACGAUGUGCUGUAUACGAUUCAUAUGGGCUAUCAUGGGUACGACGACGUUUACAAGUGUAACAUGUGCGGUGAGAAGAGCGAGGAUCGGAUUGGGUUCUUUUUGCAUAUUGCAAGGAAGGCUCAUUAGGAGUUUUGAUCUUAUACAAUAAUUUUCGUCGAUUCAAAACUGCACAAGAAUAGGUGGAUUGUAGAUAUUAGUUAUACCUACAAAGGAGAAAAGCUGUUAUUGCCGCAACCAAUAAAUAGAAGUUAGAGCACGGUGAUAGUUCCAGGUAGAUGAAAGAUAGAAAAGAAGGAGGAAGCAUGUACAAACUAGUCCGUUGUUGCCAUUUAUGGGGUUAUAUUUCUCAGAUCAGAUUCAAAUAAGAACAAGGGGAAGACUGAUUUUUUUUUCGUAUAACAUAAGCGUGUUGACAGUAGAAAAGGUUCUCAUUUUUCAGAAAAUUGAGAAAACAAAUCAAAGAGUAUUUCAUAAGCUGAUCCAAUAAAAGUAAGAUAACAAGAAGUGUACAGAAAAGUGUAAAACAUUCUAAACAAUCAAAAGAGCGCAAAAUCAAAGAAUACUUUAAGAAAGACUAACAAAAAAGGGAACUUUUGAAUGCAUUUGAAAACAGAAGGUAUCUCAGGGGUAAAGUAAAUCAUUGUUGUAAUUUACAGUUAUUACUAUUAUUAUUAUCAUUAUUGGUAGUGUUAAGUGACAUUCCUAUUUAUCAUAAAACUGAAAAUAAAUUAUUCCAAAGUCGAUCCAAA